UACGUCUCGGCGAGUGCGAGUGAGAACCGCAUACCGCUCCGGCGCGACGUCCUCACACUGUGUUCGGCGGUCGUCGUUAAAUUUUCCCGUCGACCUAAUGAUAUUGUCGUUAUUUUGUUCAGGGUUUUGACGUACACUGAGUACGUUACACAACGGUCGAUAUUGUACAUUAUUUCCUUUAAUAUGUUUCGUGUUUCCAUAAAUUAUGUGCAAAACGUCGUCGUGCGCCAGUUGUAAUCCAUCGGACUCCGAACUAUGGGCAAAAAAUCUGCCCUGGUCCUGUACCCGCUGACCAAACUCACGGGGAUCUUGCGAAAGCACAUCUCGGAACAUGGUUUCCGUGUUUCCAUAUCCAUGGGAUUAGUUAUAAGUACUACAUUAAUAGUGGUAUUAGGAAACUAUUGGAAACGAAGAAAGUAUUCUCGAGAAUCUGCACCAGUUAUAAAACAUUAUUCCUACGACAAGAGAAAAGCUAAUGUUGAUGUACCUUCAGUAUCUAGUUUUCGAAUUUUUAGAACUAGCCAUAGAUCACUAAGUCCAAGCAUCAAAUCCACCAAUCGGCAAACAUCUGUGAUAUCUUCAACUCAAGAUUCUCCAAGUCAUUGUAAAUCCUCAGAAGUUAAGUAUACUGCACCUCAACAACUAGGUGUAAUGGGAAUGGAAUCUUUAGCAUGCAGUAUAUCAUUUUGGGAAGAUGCAUUGACAGCAUUUUCUGGCAAUAAUUCAACAAUGGUAUCCAAUAAACUUAUGUCCACUGAAGAUUCUCAAUUUUGUAAGGAACUUCAACUGUUAGUGGAUUCUGCUUAUUCAUUGCAAGAUCAGUGUCAAUUACUUUUUUUAGAUCAAAGGUCAGUAUUAUUUCGUGUUCAACAAAAUGGAAAUGGUGAAACAUUGAAGUUUGAUGAUCGUCGUUCGUCAGUAGAUAGUUUUGUAUCAGCACGCACAGAUGUUGCAAAUUUAAGAGAAUUUGAAGAAUUAAAUUUUGACAACUAUUAUUUAUAUCAAAAUGCUUUAAGAUACUCUGAAAUUGAGGGCAUAGCAUGCAGGACUUAUCGAACAACAUUAGUAAAUUGUGCUUCAGACAGAGAAUAUGUUUGUAAAUUGCAUUGUAUUCGACAAGCUUUUGAAAAUGUAUUCAAGAAUGAAAAAAACUCAAUGUGGUUUGCUGAUUGCGGGAGACGUAUAUUAACUGAUAUAUUUUUAUUUGCCGAGAAAGACCCUAAGGAUUUUCUUUUAGCAUAUGAGGAAAUGCUGAGUUGGGCAAAAACUGAUGCACACUGGACAGAGGCUGAAAUUGAACUGUCAACCAGGGGUGUGAAAAAAAUGACAUUUUAUGAUAUUGUUAUGGACUACAUUUUGAUGGAUGCAUUUGAAGAUCUUGAAGCGCCUCCAACAUCGGUGAUUGCCGUAAUACAAAAUCGUUGGCUAUCAAAAGGAUUUAAAGAAACUGCUUUAUCAACUGCAGUAUGGUCAGUCCUCCGUGCCAAGCGUAGUAAAUUGAAGUACCCAAAUGGUUUUAUGCAUCAUUUUUACAACAUAUCUGAACAAAUGUCACCUUUACUUGCAUGGGGCUUCUUAGGUCCUGAUGAAGAACUGAGUAGAAUAUGUUUGUUUUUCAAAGAUCAAGUCAUUGAAUUGAUGCGUGAUAUAUUCAGCUUUGAUAAAUGUCGUUACACAACCAAAGAAGAACUAUCUUCAGACAUGUUUGAGCAAUUCAAAAUACGAGCAGAGAACAUCAAUAAAAUGAUUGAAAUGAAAUGUAGUUUAGAUGUUAAGUCUUAAGUAUUGAUCUCUUGAUUUUAAUUGAGAUAUACAUUUGCAAAGUUACCAGCUUAUGUAUUUAGUGCAUUUGUUUAACAUUGACACUUAAUGUAUGUUAUUUAUUUAUUUUAUAAUAGUUUUGAAUUUAAUAUUAUGAUUUAUUUUGUUGUAAAAAUAUGACUUAUUUGUUUUUAUUAGAAAAAUGACUUGCUUUUAGAUCAGUUUAUUUUAUUCAAUAGCAUUAAUAAUUGUGAUUUUAAUUAAAUGGUUUGGUAUUAAGUUUUAUGGUUGAAAUAUAAAGUUUUAGUAGUUUUAAUUUAAUAUUAUUUUAUAUAAUUUUAUUGGAUUCUGAUUUUUAUAUGACGUGUUCAAUAUUGUGAAUUGAUUGUUAAGGUAUUGAUAGAAUCAUUGUAAUGAUUAUCUUUAAUUUAAAUUUUUAUUGUAUUUACAAAAUAUAUUAAAUAUUUUAAUAGAGUAGAAAUAAUUUAACAUAGCCUUGUUAAGACCAAAUAUUAAGGUUAUAAAUUACAAUAUUAUCCUAUUCAUUCUGUAAGAGAUAAUAAUUAUUUUCACAAAUAAUUUUUUUUUUUUUUGAAUUGGCUAUGAUAAAUUAUUUUUUACGGUGAAUUGAUAUAAAACAUAGUAUAAAGUACUUACAACUGAAAAAUUGCGAAGUAUCAGUGUAAAUUAAGUUAUUAACAGUCUUAUACUUGUGAUUUAGAUUGUAAGCUUUAUUUUACUUUAUUUUAAAAGAAUAUAUUUAUCGCUAGAUAUUAUUGUUUUAUUGCAGGGGUCACCAAAUUUCACCUUGUUAAAACACAUUAUCUGGCUUGUAAACAGGAAAUUUAUAUUGUAUAUUGUGAAUUAAAUGAUGUUUUAACUAUUUUUUUGAUUUUGCCUUUACGUUCUUCAGAUAAAUAUGUUCAACUUUGGUGGCACACAAAAACUUCCUUAAUUCCCAAAGUGAUCCUCCAAAAUAUAUAUUAAUUGGUGAUUCUUGUUAUAUAGUAUACUUACAUACUUUUUGUUUCAAAUGUGUUUAUUUUAGAAAAAUUGGAUCCAAUUGAUUUGUAUUCUAUGUUAUUAUUAAUAUUAGUUCAUUAUAUAUAAUUAUUAUCUCAGAACAAUUUUUUUAGAAUUAAUUACCAUGUAUCCCUAUAUAUAUUGGGUGUAUUGUUGUUGGGUGACAAAAAUGUACAAGUAAAUAAUUUAAGACAUAUUAGUUAAGUCUUUAAAUGUGUAAUUUGUGACAUAAGUAUUUUUGAAUAUUUCUAAUGUUUAAUGAUAGGAAGUGUCGUAUAAUAAUAUGCGGAUACGCUUUUUUAAUUCAAUAUAAUAUUAUAAAUGUAAUUUUUUUUUUUUUAAUUUUAUGAUUAUUGUAAUAAAUUGCAACUUAUUUACAAUUUAUUUGAUACAAUUGAAAAUAUAAUAAAAAUAUUUUCAGUGUUAUCAAUAGCUAUUGAUUUAUUGUCUUAUCGAUUCAUACAGUAAUAUUAGUAAUAUUUUUAAGAUUUUACUACUACUAUUAUUAGAUAAGACAUAAUAUUAAUCUGUACAAUUUUAAGUAUUUAAUAUGUAUUAGAACAAUAAUAAUUAACAUGAUAAUGUUCAUUCAAAUUUCCAAUCUACAAUUUAUAUUUUAAGAACCAUUCAACCUUGAAAAUGAUGUGCUGUAUUAUUAGGUACUUUUUAACAAUACGAGUACUGUUAUUUUAAAGUUAGAAUAUAAUUUAUAAUAUUUUCACCACA